AUGCCUUGUUUUUUGAUUCCGACAAAGCGUAGUUGGAACCUACCGGUGGUGCCUCACUCACCGAAAACACCAGACACACCGCCAAGAAGAGAAACACCGCAAAUACUAGAAGAACGGGAAACACCCCCAGAUAACUCUGUAACCCGUAGACCAGGAAUUAUACCCAACAUUACAAAUGUUGAAGAGACAAAGUAUAAAGUGAACAAGAAGGACGCAAAAGAUGAAGAAAUAAUACGAAAAGCAAUAACAAGCAACGAGUUCUUAAACAGAGUAAUAACAGGGAAGAAACUGGAUAACGUAGUAGAUGCAAUGUACAAGGAAACCUUCGAACAAGGAAAAGUCCUAAUGAAAUUGGGCGAUCCAGGAGACAAAAUGUACGUCCUGCACAGCGGCAAGCUAAAAUUCAAAGGAAAAAAUUUCGACUUCGUAGAGAACAAACAAAUUGUCUUCGGUGAAUUGGCUCUACUGUACAAAGCAGGCAGAUUUGCCACUGUCAAAGCAGUCACUAAAACUGAACUCUGGGUCCUGGAAAGCUCGAUCUACUUCCAAAUACUCAAAGACUGGAACAAGGAAGAACACCAAGAGAGGAUACAGUUUUUGAGGCAAGUUAAGGCCCUGAAAUCCAUCAGCGAAUCAAACUUGCACAGAGGCGCCGACCAUUUGGAGAAGGAGUUCUUCAAGACGGGAACAGCCAUAGUAAAACAGGGGGACAAGGGGGACAAAUUUUACAUCAUCAGUGCUGGGCAGGUUUCCGUGUCGAAGGAGAGUGAAGGUGAGAUUGGCCAGCUGAACAAGGGCCAAUCAUUUGGAGAGCUAGCUCUACAACAGGUUUGCAGUCGUCAAGCAACUGUAACAGCAAUCAGUUCCCCAGGCGUGGAAUGUUUAACCCUUACCAAAGACCACUUUGAUUUAUAUUUUAUCGAUGUCCCGGUCACUGAUGUUUCGGAAGAUUUGGGGGAAGAAUUUAAGAACCUUGAACUUAAAAAGUUCACUCUUGUGGCCACACUUGGGCAAGGAGCUUUUGGACGAGUGGAAUUGGCAAGAUACAGAGAAAAUAACAGAGUUUUUGCCUUAAAAUACGUGAAGAAGAUACACGUGGUCGAACAACAAUUGCAGGCGCAUAUUUUCAACGAGAAACUGAUGCAAACGCCUUGCAGAUCUCGGUUUAUAGUAAGAAUGUUCAGGACCUUCAAGGAUAACAAAUACGUCUACUUUCUUAUGGAAGCUUGUCUAGGCGGCGAUCUAUUCGGAUUGAUGUAUAGACAGCCCAACAGACGAUUUUCGGAGAAGGACGCCAAGUUUAUAACGGGUUGCGUUUUGGAGGCUUUGGAUUACUUGCACACAAGAAAAAUAAUCCACAGGGAUCUUAAACCGGAAAACUUCAUGAUCGACCGGCACGGUUACGUCAAGCUAACCGAUUUCGGUUACGCUAAAAAAAUUCUGACCGGAAAAACCCACACGUUUGCCGGUACACCGGAAUAUGUCGCACCGGAGAUGUUAAGUGAUAAUGGUGGCCAUGACAAAGCCGUGGACUACUGGGCUUUCGGAUGCGUGGUUUACGAGAUGCUCUGUGGAAAAACUCCAUUUAAAACAGACGAUCCCAGUCACAUGAAAACGUACAACCGGAUAUUGACCGGUCAAAUAAAUUUUCCUCAGGUUAUAGGGAGUAAAGCAAGGAACUUGAUAGAGAAACUGCUGAAGCCUUUGUCCAAGGAUAGGCUGGGAAUGCAGAAGAAUGGAUGCGACGAUAUCAGGAAACAUCCUUGGUACAACGGUUUUGAAUGGGCCCAACUAAAGAGCGGUGAAAUGCCCUCAUCAUUCAAGCCAAAACUGUCGGGUAGUACAGACACAAGCAGAUUCGAAACCUUCAAGAAAGACACCGAAAUCGUUCCAGAAGAAUUUUCUGGAUGGGACGAUAAGUUCGCU